UCCUCUGCAGAAAAUAAUGAUGCUUGAAUUGAGCUACUAAGGAAUCUGAAAUAAAAACUCAUACUAUUAAUAAUGGCAGGAAAAUCAUCUCUCUUUAAAGUAAUUCUUCUUGGAGAUGGUGGAGUUGGCAAAAGUUCUCUUAUGAACAGAUAUGUAACCAAUAAAUUUGAUACUCAGCUCUUCCACACCAUAGGUGUGGAAUUUUUAAAUAAAGAUUUGGAGGUGGAUGGACAUUUUGUUACCAUGCAGAUUUGGGACACAGCUGGUCAAGAGCGAUUCCGAAGCCUGAGGACACCAUUUUAUAGAGGUUCUGACUGUUGCCUGCUUACAUUUAGUGUUGAUGAUUCUCAAAGCUUCCAGAAUCUGAAUAACUGGAAGAAAGAAUUCCUGUAUUAUGCUGAUGUGAAAGAGCCCGAGAGCUUUCCGUUUGUGGUUUUGGGCAACAAGGUUGACAUAAACGAACGGCAGGUGUCUAUAGAAGAAGCCCAAGCCUGGUGCAAGGACAACGGCGGCCAUCCUUACUUUGAAACAAGUGCAAAGGAUUCCACCAAUGUCGCAGCUGCCUUUGAGGAGGCCGUUCGAAAAGUUCUGGCUUCAGAAGAGAAGUCAGAUCAUCUGAUUCAGACAAACACGGUCAAUCUGCACCGAAAGCCGAAGCCAAACUCAUCUUGCUGUUGAUGGCAUUGAAGAGAUGGUCGGUGCAUGCAUACACACACACACACAUACACACACACAUACACACACACACACACACACACACACACACACACACACACACACACACACACACACACACACACACACACACACGCACGCAUGCACGCAUGCAUGCACUCGCGCUCGCGCGUGCACACACACACACACACACGCGCGCGCGCGCGCGCGCACGCACGCACACAUGCACACACGGAGGGUGGAAAUGAGAAUAUUUGCAGGAGGGUUCAUCUACUAAUAAAAUUCAACUAACGAAUGAAUAUUGCUGCCUCAUUAGUUGUUGGUGGGAGAAGGGACACAUUCACUCUGGAGGAAAUCUAUUUACUCAGUAAUGGCACCUUACAUUUAUAAAUUGUAAUGGUUGUCUAAUGUUUAAUUUAAAAUGUUAGUGCUAAUAAGAUGACCAAGAAUUGAAUUGUAAUUCAAAAACCUUGACUAUUCUAGAAGUUACACUUAGGUUGUUUUUCCCCACAAGAAAAUGGAGAAUUACUUUUAUAUGUGUAUAUUUUUAUGUAAUUAGCAUUCUAUUCUUGGUCCAGGGAAGUAAAUUACUAUAGUGAUACUAUUAAAGAUUAAAAUCUAAUGCUUUUC